AUUAUGUUGUUGUUAUUACUAGAACAACAAAGAGAGAAACAAGCUUUCUCCAAAAUCGCUCGCUGUCCCUUUAAGUCUGUAAACAAAAGCUCUCAUCAGUAAAUAAAGAUUGCACAGAUUGUUUGUGUGUGCUGCGCAGAUUAGUAUCCUCUCAUUUCGCAUCACACCUCAAAGAAGCCUUUAUCUGGAGAGUGGUGUUCUUUAUUGAAUUGAAUGAGUUUUGGGGGGGGGAAAUUGUGCCGAACGCCGCCUUUGUGCCUCUUUAAACAAAAACUUAAGUAGAGCGUUGUUACUACAUUAUUAUCAUUAGUAGUAUAUGAGGUGCAGAGCAGUGGUAUGGGAGUUGUUCCUGUGCAAAUGAGAAACUCAAACGUGUACAGUUAGUCAGUGCAGAGCAGUUUCUAUUGGAAAGGACUGUAAACAUUUGAUAUGAAGCGACUGGCUGUUAUCUUCAAACCAGCUGCAGGUCCCUGGAGCGAGACGCGCAGCCCAACAUAGUGGCACAUUCACCGGCUCAUACAGUGUCUAACUGAGAAAGUCAUUUCCAUUGCGUUUCCAUUGUGCAUCAACACAGUUCCAGCACUCGUUUCACUCUCUGUGAACUUUGACCUGCAUUUCCACACACGGUCUCUUAUCAGAUAGAAAAAACAUUCGAGAAACUCUUCCUGGGCAAAUACGUUUUGGUGGAGCCCGCUCAUGGGAAAAACUCUGAUACUUUUAUGCUUUGUAACCCAGUCUCCCGGUUUCUACGGAAGCCAAGAAGCGACGGGCACCCAAAGGUACAGCAAGAGCCGACGCUCGCAACUCCAGAGCUUCCCAUUGUGGAGAGGAGAAACUGGCUGAUCCACCAGCACUACAUCCUCAAAGACUACGAAACCUGUAAGGCGAACAUCAAAGAACAACUCCAGGAGACUAAUGGAAUGUGUGAAUAUGCCAUAUAUGUUCAAGCACUAAUCUUGCGUCUUGAGGGCAAGAUCCAACAGUCCCUGGAGCUGUUUCAGAGCUGCGCCAUCCUUAAUCCCAGCAGUGCUGACAAUCUCAAGCAAGUGGCCAGAUCCCUAUUUCUCCUGGGAAGGCACAAGGCAGCCAUUGAAUUCUAUCAUGAAGCUGCGAGGCUCAACGAGAAAGACUGGGAGAUCAGUCACAAUCUUGGCGUGUGCCAUUUCUUCAUCAAAGACUUCAAAAGUGCUGAAGAGCAUCUAAACAUGGCUCUUCAGAUAUGUAAACACGACAAGACUUUCAUGAUGCUCGGGCAAGUUCACCUGCUGGCCGGAGAGACCGACAAGGCCAUCGACGUGUACAAGAGAGCGGUGGAAUACUCCCCGGAGAACACGGACCUCCUGACGACUCUCGGCCUGCUGUUUUUACAGCUCGGGAAAUACCAGAAAGCUUUCGAGCAUCUUGGAAAUGCCCUCACUUUUGACCCCAACAAUUAUAAGGCCAUCCUGGCUGCAGGCAGCAUGAUGCAGACCCACGGCGACUUUGAUGUGGCCAUGAACAAGUACCGGGUGGCAGCGUGCGCGGUGCCCGAGAGCCCCCCUCUCUGGAACAACAUCGGCAUGUGCUUCUUUGGGAAGAAGAAGUACGUCGCUGCCAUCAGCUGCCUGAAGCGAGCCAACUACUUGUCUCCUUUCGACUGGAAGGUGUUGUACAACCUGGGCCUGGUGCACCUGACCAUGCAGCAGUACGCGUCGGCCUUCCACUUCCUCAGCGCAGCCAUCAACCUGCACCCACGGAUGGGGGAACUGUACAUGUUGCUGGCAGUUGCUCUAACCAACCUGGAGGAUGUUGAGAAUGCCACCAGAGCGUAUGAGCAGGCUGUGACUCUGGACGAAUCCAACCCUCUGGUUAACCUGAACUUUGCAAUCUUUCUCUAUAACCAUGGCGAAAAGAAAGGAGCUCUGGAUCAGUAUCAGGAGAUGGAAAGGAAAGUCAACCUGCUUCGAGACAGCAGCAGCAACUUUGAAUUUGAUCUGGAGCUGAUGGACAUGGCGCAGAAGAUGGGAGCUGCCCUGCAGGUGGCAGAGAGUCUGGUGUGGACCAUACCAGGCAAGGACUCCAAAUCCAAGCCCAGCUCGGCAGCGGCCACCAAACCCCCCGGUGCCGCCCUCGGCACUAACCAAGCCCUGGGUCAGGCCAUGUCUUCGGCUGCGAGCUACAACAAGAACAUCCAGCUACCGACGGGAGUUCCCAAAGGCCCCUCCAUGCCCCUCGAACCAGAACCCGAUGACGCGAAGGCCCCAGGCCCGCCCGCUGAUCCUCCAGGCUCCCCACAGCCCGCGGAGUCAGACAACCCCAAACCAAGAACCUCCAGGAGGAAAACUAAGGUGGAGGAAUGAAUUAGCUUGGUGGGCUCCAACUUGUUUUGACAUCUUUAUCAUCAGAUCAAUAUCAUAUUAUGGAGCGAAAUGAAGGUUCUCCAACAGCAACCAAGCUCUUUGUGGUUUCCCAGCUCCUUGGGAGACACGAAGCCUUGAUUUAUAGGCUUCUGGUUUACGGUAGGUACAUGCUGCACAGGCACUUCAUGCCCUGCACAGUCAUUUUACUUUACACUGAAAAAGGGCAAGGUCAAUGUGCACUUCUGUCAUAUUUAUUUUCAGGAAUAUUGAAUGCCAGUUACAUUGCUUAUUCCUUUUUAAAAACCAAAAAUUUGUUCGCGUAAAAAUCAGUGUAGAUGUAAAAAAAAACAAUUCAAAUCGAUGUUGCAGUUAAAGAAUGUGUGGGGUAAUGAAAUACGUGCAUAUGUGCAAGUGUUGAUACUUAGGUGAGCUUAGCAAUACGGUGAAAUACUGACACUUCUGACCAAAUGUGAAGAAAAUGCUGUGACAAUCACAAUGUGAGGACAGAAAGAAGGAAGAGUUUGAAUCGUUACAGGAUGUCGCUCGUUUGUAUGAUAGGGGUUCAUUUUGAGGAUUGGGUGUAAAUUGUGAUAUCUGGUUUUAUAUGUAGAUACAUGUAAUGUUUAUAGAGUAAUGUAUUUCAUAUUAAAGAGGAGAGUUUAAAUGACA